AUGGUUUUGCGGAAAGACGAACUGGAGGUACAGCUUAAAGAUGAGCAUGAACUUAUCCGCGAUGGAGUUUUGCGAGACGACAGCCCUCUUGACGUCAGUCCUGAGUUCUCGAGGCUUUGUGAUGCUUGUCGAGUAGGGGAUUUGAAGGGUUGCCAGGAAGCAAUUGCUUCAGGAGUCAAUAUAAAUGCAAGGGAUUCGUUCGAUUAUACUCCUCUGAUCCUGGCUUCACUUUGCGGACAUUACGAAACUGUACGGCUUCUCCUCGAAUCUGGAGCUCUCUGCGAAAGAGAUACCUUCCAAGGCGAACGCUGCCUCUACAAUGCCUUGAAUAACAGAAUUCGAAACCUCCUUCUACAAUAUGACUAUUCAAAAAGCACUGAUCCUCUUCAACCAUUCGCUGCUCAUAUAACCUCCCUCCUCACCAGAGAAGAACCAAAAACAUCAGACAUUUGUCUGACAGCCUCCUCAUCCACAUGGAACCUACACAAAUUCAUCCUUUCAGCACGCUCUCCCUAUUUCUCUCAAAAGCUCGCCGACAGCCCCGAAACCACCCUCUGGAAACUAGCCAAUACCAUACCCCCCGAAGCCUUCCAAAUCGCGCUGCGAUAUCUCUACCUUGGGGAUGUGCCAUCUGACCUUGGCCUAACCCCAAAGAGUCAAGUCACAGAAGAAGAAGUUUUCAAAGGCAUCGACAAAGUCUCCAAACAGCUCGAAAUAGAAUCGUUAUGGGAAGGUAUACUAGCUGGCAGCGAUCGACGAAUAGCGCGGCAACGGCACCAAGAUGAAAUUGCCAGAGGCCGAGCCCAGAUCGAAACUUGGUAUCGAGAGAACGUGCUGAGGCAUAAAAUUGAAAUCGAUAGCAGUAAAGCGCAGGAUGUAAAAUGGACAAGAGACAACGGUAUUUUCGCCGACGUCUUACUACGCGCCGACGAAGAUACCACCUCCGAAGAUGCCUUAUCCCAUGGAAUCGAAACCCCUAAAGCAUCUACAAACAACAUACCCAUCGGCCCUACACGCUCACCCUCACGCUCCCGCCAACCACCUAAAAAGCAAAGCGUCCUCUUUCCCGUCCACCGCGCAAUGCUACUCCGCUGCGAUUAUUUCCAAACAAUGUUCACCUCCUCCUUCCUAGAAGCCCAACUCACACCGCAUCUGCAAAUCAUCCCCGUAGCAUGCACGCCCUCUGUCCUAGAAACCGUGCUCGAUUUCCUGUAUACGGAAAACUGCCACAUCCCUAUUGAGGAAGCGCUAGAUGUGCUCUUUGCGGCUGAUAUGUUAUUCCUCGAGAAACUGAAAACGAAAGCCGCGACUGUGAUUUCAACCAUCGGGCACGGUACUAUGAACUUGCCUCAUGCCGAUGUUAAUAAUGUGGAAAGAGUAGGAGCCGCGGAGAGAGACGUGGAAGUGGAUGCGGAUGUGGAAGUGGAGAAGAUAAAUGUUUAUGAUGUGAUACGUGCAGGCUGGUUCCUAAAAAUCCAGCGCCUCGAGGAAUUCAGCGCGCGCUAUCUAGCGUAUAGACUCGAGCAGUACAUCGAUGAAGAGGAAUUCGAAGAAUUAAUCCAGGAAUCAGCCUCGCGUAUCGAGAAGAGGCAGGAGACGGAUAGUAUUGAAUUACUCGACGACAUCCGGUACUACCUAUCCGAGCGUUUCCGCCUCCGCUUCGAGGACUCAGGCUUAGAAGAAAUCAUGAACGAGUCUAACGAAACUAACGACCCUACAAACCCAAACCCAAACACCGAAACCGAUGAAGUUAUCCUUACCAGUACAAACGUAAACGUAGACAUAAAUGAGACAGACCCGUUUAUGAACGGCGAGAUAAAAACACUAGAUGGGGAAAUCGCGGGCGAUGAGUUCGCGGCUGAUGCUAUUAAUUAUCAGAUUUUGCUGGGGAAGAUAGAUGGGUUGUUGGAGAGGUUGAAGUUGGAUGCUUGA